CUGACUUAUAAACAAGUAAUGUCGGUAAAUUUUUAUCCGGAUAUCCUUCAAUCGUUUUAUUUCCCUCUAUUUUUACUAUUUUUAUGUAUAAAUAUUUCAUUGCUAUCUCCUUCAAUUUUUCUCCUAACCGUUGACUUGCUAUAAUCCUAUUAUUAUUUAUUUUAGAUCUUAAUAUUUCUAUCAUUAUUCAUCAAAUCUUACGUAUCUUUAUAUAAAAAAACUAAAACGCUUGUAUAAUAACUUGCUUCGGUAACCUCAGUAAUCCACUCCUUAUAUUCAAUCAUACGUAUUUCACCGUACUUAGCAGCAGCAGCAUAGGCCUGUAAUUCUCGUAGACGCCGUUCACUCCUUUAUCAAGCUAUUUCUAGAUAUAAUAUAAGCUUUACCUAUAUUGCUUUAUUACGGGAUCAUCUAAAUCAUCUAAUUCAGAGUCAUCAGAGGAUUUUGAUUGAUCUAUAUGAGGUUUAUGUAUUUCAUUUGGUAAAUCUAUAGGUUCUUUUUCCUGUACUUUAGGAGGAAGAAUACCAUAAGCACGUAAAAAAUCAUUCCUAGAGAUAUAUAAUAAGUAAAUAAGUGCUUAAAGGUAUUUACCAUUCAGUAUCCUCCAUAUAGAAAACGAAUCAGCGGUAUAUCCGAGGUAAAACGAUGGAUAAAGGGUUAGAAAGGGUAAAAGUAGAAGAGGGCUUUAUGUUUCCUGGGGAGGAAAUAGUAUUUAAAGAGAAAGAUAAAACAAAGAUACAAAUUGGCCAAGGAUUAGCGUAUUUUUAUCAAGCAAAUAAGCUUUUUGCAACACAAACAGGAUGGUUAAAACAAGCAACAAAAAAGAAGAUUUCUAUUGAUUAUAAUAGAGGAAAAUAUAUACCAGUAGUAGGAGAUUCAGUAAUAGGACAAAUUAUGAUUCGACAUGGGGAAGGAUAUAAAGUAGAUAUAGGAAGUAUUCGUCAAGCAAAAUUGGGAGUACUUGCAUUUGAAAAUGCAACACGCAAAAAUAGACCAAAUCUUCAAGUAGGAUCAUUAGUUUAUGCCAGGGUUAUCAGUGUAGAUAAUGAAACAGAACCAGAAAUAGAAUGUGCUAAUAUAUCGAACGAAAAAUCAGUGUAUGGGGAGUUAAAAGGAGGAUUUCUUAUUCAUAAACUAUCAUUUCAUUUAUGUAGAAAAAUUCUUGAAAAAGAUCACCCUUUUUUAUCAACUCUAGGAGCAUCAAUACCAUUUGAAAUUGCAAUUGGAUCCAAUGGAAGAAUAUGGAUACGUAGCGAAAGUCUUGGUAUUACAAUUACUUUAGCCCAAGCAUUUAAAAAAUAUGAAUAUUUAAGUGACAAUGAAAUAAUGAAAGUGUGUGAAGAGACCAUUAGAGAAGCACAUAAAUGGAUGCAUCAUAAUAUACCAAAUGAACAGAAAAAUAAUAAAUAAAAAAUAACAAUUAUAGUCAAUAAUGUAAAUUGUAAAUCUUAAGGAA